AUGGAGGAGGUCACUGUUACGGAUAUUUAUCAAUGGUGUAGGGAGAAGGGAGUGGAACCUCUAUGCAGUUUUGCUAUUAUAGGACUGCUCACGUCUGUAAAGGAUGAAGUAGUGCUACGAGCUGUGGGACAUCUUUAUGGCAUCAAUCAAUCAUGCAUAGUGGAUCGGUGGACAGGACAAUCGGGUGACACCUAUGCUAUUCUGAUUAGUAACCGGACACCAUUAGAUAAGACUUUAAUUCCUGUUAUGGUAGUUUUGGAAGGAGUGGUUGGGGGAAAAGUGCAAUUAUUAUGGCCAGAAGGGGAGGAGAUGGUAGCCGCCGAGGCUAUCACUGGAGGUGAUUCUGGUGCUGGACCACUGUUGCUAGGGGAUGGUCCAACUAUGGAAACCACUCAAGAGUUGUCAGUAAAUAAAGAUGCCUCAGGAACAGGAGUGAAAACAGUGGUAGAUAAGAUGGUUAGCCAACUGGAGCGUUUGCAUUACGAGGGAGGAUACCGUAGACUAAGAAUAUUCUCGGGAAUUAAUCCAGUACCCGCCGGAGAGGAAAAUUAUGAUACUUGGCGCGAGGCUGCAAUUCAGCAUUCAGAGGAAUGGCACUGCCCAGAGCACAUCAAAAAACAGCGAAUUGUAGAGAGUCUUCGGGGCCCCGCCAUGAGGGUAAUACAGGCUACUAGGAGGAGUAAAGCGACAGCCACUUUGAAUGAUUACAUUGAAGCUCUGGAUUUCUCCUAUGGAACCCUUGAGGAUGUUGGAGAUUUGUUAGCCCGAUUAAAUAGGACAUAUCAAGAGCCGGGGGAGACGUUGACUCACUAUAUUUAUAGGGUGGAUCGACUGAUUUACCAGAUUGUAGACAAAGGAGGCAUUGACAAGGGAGCAGUAGACGAGCGCCGUAUGAGACAGGUGCUAAAAGGGGCUUUGACUACACAUCCUGUUGCUCAGAGAUUACGUUGUACCAUGCCACUUGGAACUCCGCCAACUUUGACUGAAUUGGUUAAAGAGGUUAAGUUAGAGGAAAUACAGAUUGACACCAGAGACAAGAGUAUUAAAAGAGUGAAAGUGGUAUUACCUACUCCAUCCCCACCUAGUAUGGAUGAGAGGCUGUUGAAACUGCUGGAAGAACAAAAUAAAAAAAUUGACCAGCUGAUUGCUCUACAAUCAACAUCACAGCCCAAUCAAGGUUGGCUGGUCACCAGAGGGAGGGGAGUGACCUCUGGAAUCAGAAGUCGAUCCCCCAUCAUAUGUUACAGUUGUGGACAACCCGGGCAUAGGUCAUUCGAAUGCUCAGUUAUGGGAGCAGGUAGGAGAGGAAAUGCAACUCACUCCACGGUUCAACCAGAUAACCACCUGGAAAACUUCAGUGGGAGUGCUGUGACCCCCUCAAUGGCUCCCCAAUUAUAA